AUAUAAGUGAACUUUUAGACUCUGGAGUGUUUACUCUUAACGGAAAAUUAAAAGCAUUUAAUAAAUUAUUUCAUGACUUUGAUUCUGGAAUUCUUAUAACAGAUACUGCAGCUCGUAUGCUUCAAAUGGCAUAUAUUUCAUCACUA